ACGACGUCGACAAGUAUGUGCCGGACAGGGAGUUACGCGUACACCGGGUCGCUGUUAAUAUUUGUGAUUAGUUCCUGUCGGGGAGUGGAAGUCCACGACUUCGUCAGCCACCCUACGACCGUGAAGGCCACCGAGAACAACACCGUGCUGUUGCCCUGCUACCUCAACACCCUGUCCAAUGAUGGGGCUUACGCCAAAGCGGUUCGAUGGUACAAAGACGAUUAUCUUUUGGCGGACAGUGAAAAUGAGACAAUGAUACUUCCUGAGAGGCAUACUUUAUGGGCGAACGGGUCCCUGGAAAUAAACACGGUCGAACCGGUUGACACAGGGGAGUACACGUGCGAAAUCGAAAGACCCGAGCCUUGGGGUACCGUCAAGCAAAGGCACGCCAUAGAGGUGUUACAUUCUCCAUCAGUCGAACCCUUUCCGUCUACGGGGUUCCUUCAAGUCAAGCUUGGAGAGGACGUCCGAAUGUCUUGCAAAGGAAGCGGAGUUCCUUACCCCAUAAUCUCGUGGGCAAGUAAGGGUGAAGAGCUAAAGUUGCUGGAUCACCGAGAAGUGUUAAAAUUCGCAGCAUCUGACAGAUAUCUCGCAGGAAUAUACGAAUGCAUCGCUAAUAAUGGAGUCGGUGAACCAGCAAGAGCGCAGAUCCAACUCAGUAUAAUAUAUCCCCCCGAAUUAACAACUCUGCGUUCGUGGAUCCACACUGCUCCGGGGCUCAGGGUUCAAAUGGACUGCAAAAUAUCUGCGGAUCCGCAAGCUACCGUGACCUGGCUAAAAGGGGAAGUACCGGUUCCCCUAGACAACAGGGUAAUUUCCUUGGUAGAUGGAGAUAAAUACACUUUAUUGAUAAGAAACGUACAAAGGAGCGAUUUCGGGAUAUACACUUGCAGGGCUAUUAACGAACUGGGACAAGGAGAGCUACACAUACAACUUUCAGGAGUGCCAAAUCCCGGGGUGUUCAAAAAAACCGACGAGAAAAACAUACACGCCAGAGACUGGUACACCUUGAUUUGGGAGGUCGACAGCUACACUCCGAUCAUAGAGUACAGCUUGUGGUUCAGACCCUACAAACCGAGGAGUGGGAUAAAUCGGCCCAAUUGGACGAAACUGACUAUUCCCACCGAACACAGUUCGGGCCCGGUCUACUCCAAAUCUUACACCAUCCGAGGGCUUCGAGAAAGAACCGUUUACGAGGCCCUUCUCGUGUCUAGGAAUCGGUACGGGUGGUCGAAACCGUCGCCGAUUUUAAGAUUCGCAACAGCCGGAGCAGAGUUAGAAGAGGAAAUGAUGACUACUGUCCAAGUGAGCAUUCCCGAGAGUGUUAUAACGGUCUCGGAUUUAAGUUCAAAGGCAACGAACCUAAACGUUUCUGGGUUAAUAUACAAGACUGUAAUAUUGAAUGUAUUGAUACAUUAUACAUAUAUUACAAUAAACUAUUUAACGUAA